CGUCGCAGCAACAAGUCAGGGAUUUUGGAAAGUAAUGCAACAGAACACUUUUGAAGAAAGCAGAUACCCCUGGCAGGAGUCGUUUGAAAAUGUCAGUGUCUGCCUGCCAUUUCGUUGCCCGCGAUGUGGGGACCACACCAGGUUUCGGACCCUGUCUUCCUUGAGAGCCCAUCUGGAAUACAACCAUAGUUACGAAGACAGGAGCCUCUUGACAAAAUGCAACCUGUUUUCAUCCCUCCACAAUACAGAACUGAUCCCUUCUUCCGGGCCCCUGAUGCAAGGGAUGCUUGGAGAUGGUGCCAGUGUCAUGAAACCAAAGCUGUCCUAUCUAAACUUCUGUGAUGGGGCACGAGAGACUACGAAGAACAGGAAGCCGCUGGAGGUGGAAGCCGAAAGGCCUGCGUCUUAUGGGUCAAAUUACACGUCGGGGGAGUCCACAGACGAACCGAUUUCUAAACCAGGCUUGGCGGCAUCGACCACAGACUCCAAGGCCUCGUUCGAGGCCCACGUAAGAGAGAAGUUUAACAGGAUGGUAGAAGCUGUGGACAAAACGAUUGAAAAGAGGAUCGACAAGCUUACCAAAGAGCUGGCCCAAAAGACGGCUGAGCUCUUGGAGGUCCGCGCCGCUUUUGUGCAGCUUUCGCAGAAGAAGCAGGAAGUUCAGCGGCGAGAGAGGGCCCUCAACCGGCAAGUGGACAUUGCUGUGGAGAUGAUUGCAGUGCUGAAGCAACGGCUUACGGAGUCUGAAGAAGAGCUCCACAGGAAGGAAGAAGAAGUAGUUACAUUUAAUCACUUCCUGGAGGAAGCUGCUGAGAAGGAGUUUCGGGGCAAAGCCAGGCUCCAGCACUUCAUUGAGAAUCUGCUGCAGCGGGUGGAUCUGGCAGAGAAGCAGUUAGAAUAUUAUCAGAAUCAGCAGAUCAUGGAGGACUACAGUGAUGUCCAUGAACACGUGUUUACAGAUAUGUCAUCCAGUAAGAAACCCCGAUGCCUCAGUCGAGGAAAUCAGCAUGGUUUUUACAACACCCCUGAUGCGAAACCUCAUUCUCUUCAGAAAGGACGAAUGCACCUCAAGAAAGCCAAGGAGGACAAAACCUGUGCCCAUCCAGUUAAAUUAUUUUAUGAACCUGUUGACUGUGUGAGGGACAUUUGGAGACCUCAGAAGAAAGGGGACGUGGCAAAUGCUGCCCGUAAGGUUAAUGCAAAAUCAAAGAUCAGUAAAAAAAGCAAACAGCUCUACUAAGCAUAUAUAUGUAUGUAUUUAACCUAAUCUAUCUAUAAGUGCAUAGUACAAGAUCUGAUAGCUUUGAGCUACCACAAAGAAAGAUUACCAGCACAAGGCUAUGUGUGUCUUCUCGGAACUAAGUCCCCCUAAACUCAAUGGGACUUACUCCCAGGGAAGUGUACAAAAUCCCAUUGAACUCAGUGAGGCUUACUUCUGAGUAGACCUGCAUAGUAUUGUACUGCCAAUCACACCCAUUGCGUAAUCGCUAUAUAUUUCCCUGUUCAUUUGGGCAAUGACUUGAUAUAUUUAAUAGAUUAUAAUAGUAAUACAUAAAUAUAAAAGACCAAUUUAACUGCCUCAUUUCUAGAACUUUGGUUGUGUAUGUGAGGUGGCACUUUAUUUUUGCAAGAGGUUAUUUCAGUUGCGUCUGGC